UUACACAUUGGAACUUAGGAGCUUCAUUCAUUAUUUUCCCGAAUUCCCCAACUCCAAACGAUGUGGGCUGCCUCUUCCACCUCACCUAGCCCCUCGUUCCGCCGCCUCCCCAUCACAACCACUCCUCCGCCCGCCGCUCCGGUCUCCCUCUUCUACGCAAAGUCCCACCCCCCCAAAAUGGACGCUGAAAACACCAAACCAAACAACAGUGGCACCAUCAAAAGCUUUGGCCACAAAAUUCUCUCAGCCGUGAACUCCCCAACUCCCCAAUCCCUUAACCAAACGACCCCGAAACACGAAUCCCAACCGGAGGCUCCCCAAAUUAGUGGGUCCGAUGUUCUAAGGGCACUGCAGAAGGCGGCUGCCGUGAAGGAGAAGAACAGAACCCAACAAGUUAAAGAGAAGAAGAAGAAGAAGAAGAAAGAAGGGGCUGCCACCGAAGACAGUUACUCUGAGAUGAACCAUAGAGUGAGGCCUCUUAAGAUCAAGAGAGAUUGGGGAUUGAGGCUCACCCAAUUGGAAAAACGCCUUCUGGAAAUGUCUGAGCCGGGUUGAUGAUUCUUAUUUGAAUUGUCAUUGAUUUGUAUAUUCAUUUGUUGCGUUUGUGUAGAUUUUAAGUCUCUGUAUGUUCAAUUCCAAGUAAAAUGGCAAAAUUUUCAUAUUUUUGGUACUUUCCCCUGAUAUUCACAACGUUCUGUAAAUGAUGGCUGUAGUAGUAAAGAAUUGACAUUACCAAAAUACAUUACUACUAGAUUUAGUAGUUUAU